ACAACAGCACCUUCCACUCUUUCUCCAACUACACACAUAACAUCGAAAAGAUGAAGCUCUUCACAGCCACCGCUCUUGCUCUUGCUGCCACUUCGCAGCUCGCUUCUGGUUACGCCAUCAAGAGCGACGGUGUCAACUGCCGCUCCGGACCUGGCACCAGCUACGGUGUCGUCCGCUCAUACAGCAGCAGUGACGACGUCACUCUCUCGUGCCAGACUUCUGGCGAGACAAUCAAGGGCGACUCGCUCUGGGACAAGACCCAGCACGGCUGCUAUGUCGCCGACUACUAUGUCAAGACUGGCAGCAGCGGCUACGUCACUACGAAGUGCGAUUCCACUGGUGGCGGAUCCACCGGCGGCGGUGGCUCUACUGGUGGCGGUUCCUCGAGCGGAUACUGCAAGAGCGUCAACGCUGCUGGGCUCAGCCUGAUCAAGGAGUUUGAAGGUUUCGUCAAGAGCCCGGCUCCCGAUCCCAUCGGUCUGCCCACCGUUGGAUACGGCCACCUGUGCCAGACCAAGGGCUGCAAGGAGGUCAAGUACGGCUUCCCGCUGACCCAGGCUACCGCUGAGGCUCUGCUCAAGACCGAUAUCCCCAAGUACACCUGCCUGGGCAACUACCUGAACGGCAAGGUCAAGCUCAACCAGAACCAGUGGGGUGCGCUGGUGUCGUGGGUGUUCAAUGUUGGCUGCGGCGGAGCCAAGUCAUCGAACCUGGUCAAGCGUUUGAACACUGGCGAGAGCCCAAACACAGUCAUUGCUGGUGAGCUGCCCAAGUGGAACAAGGCUGGCGGCCGUGUUCUGUCUGGUCUGACGCGCCGCCGCAAUGCUGAGGUCAAGCUUGCCCAGACUCCCACCAACGCCCAGGCCUACCCCAACUGCUCGUGAGCAAAAAAUAUCUGUGUAAUUAUCUUUUCUUCCCUUCAUCUCCAAUAUCAACAUUUCUCAAAC